AAUAAAGUUGAAAGUAAUUGAUGAAAUGGAGAAGCAAUCAGAUGAUGAACAAGAUCAUAGAAGAAGAGCAGAAAAGGUUGUUGUGAGUAGUAGCAGUGACUAUGGGAAUGAAGUGCAAGCAGUGAAUAAUGUGAAUCCAACAAGGUCAUAUGAAUGCAACUUCUGCAAGAGAGGCUUCUCUAAUGCACAAGCACUUGGAGGUCACAUGAACCUUCAUAGGAAGGACAAAGCAAAGAUCAAAGAGCAGCAACAGUUUUCUUCUUCUUCAAAUCAAACUACUCAUCAUCAACAAUUUUUAUUGGAGGGGAAUCUUGGUAGUAACAAUGAUAAUAAUAAAGAGCUUUUGAAUGUGCCUCAUCAACCAGUUAUGGACGAUGAAACCAAUAAUAAUAAUGUUGUGAUGAUGAGGCAGUUACCACUCUUUUCAGAAUCAUCAUCAUCACCUCAUCAUCUUCAACAGCAAGAAGUGGAUCAAAUUUCUGGUCAACAAGGUCCCUCAUCAUCUUCAGAAUUAGACCUUGAACUAAGAUUAGGGCUUGAGCCUCCACAAGGAUCUAAUUCAUCAUCAGCUACAAUAACGGGUACUAGAAAAUUCUUUUGAAUUUAAUAAUAUUGUUCUAUAUAUAACAAUAAUAAUACAUAUAUACA